CUCUCCCUCAGUCUCUCCCUCCCUCUGUUGCCUUUUGUUGCGGCCCCUCACUUUCUCAACUCUUGGACAGAGGGAACUGAUACUGUGCCUUUGCAUGUGUGUGUUUGUGUGUGUGUGUGAUGUUGGAGAAUCCUCACCACUUUCUGGAACUGUACAUGAACAUGACUGAUGGGACUUUGUGAAGCACUCCUCGCGCUGAAUGUUUACAAGGCAGACUGAUGGAAUCGGCACCUCUGGGAACAUCGUAAAGACUGACAGACAGGACAGCGUACUUCCCACAGUGGCAGAUUCCUCAGUGGCAGUGGCAGUGUCGCGCACAUCCUUGCUGUUUCCCAUGGAUCUCAGGGUGGGAGAGCGGGGGAUGCGCCCUGGUUCGGACACGGUGCUCCUCACCCCGCUGCACCCGCCUUUACACCUUUCACCAUUCUCCCCACAACCUCGCAGCUCCUUCUCCCAACAACAGCUUCACCAGCAAAUCCGGUUUAAUAUGGAACAAAGGAGGCGAGAGCACGAACAUCACGAGAAACAACAAGAGUUGCAGCAGCUAAAGCACAAAGACAAGAGUCAACAGAGCGCGGUGGCAAGUUCCUUAGUGAAACAGAAACUCCAGGAGGUGAUUCUUAAGAAGCAGAAAAAGGCUGAGCUGGAAAGAACAAACGCUAACUCUCUGACUGCACCUCCUGUCCAAUACAGAAAGCUGGGCCCUGACCCUAGCAUACCCACUCUUGUUUCCUCUUCAACGCAGCCCCCUCAUGAGGGUCCAGAGGGCACGCCGCUGCGCAGAGCAGCGUCGGAGCCUAAUCUGAAGGUGAAAAACAAGCUGAAGAAACACCUGAAUACCCGCAAGAGUCCGCUCACCCGCAAAGACAGUGCCCCACCCACUGUCAAGCACAGAGUUCCUGAUACACUGGACUCGUCCCCGAGCAGCAGCAGCACUCCAGUCUCUGGCUGUAGCUCUCCUAACGACAGUCUGCCUAAUGAGAAUGGACUGCUGCCAUCUGCAGGCGGCCUCUCACAUGAGGCCCAGAAACUGCUGCUCAGAGAUGGUACUCUAGCUAACUUCACCAUCCAGAGUCCCUCCACCCUGCCCACCAUCACACUGGGACUACCGGCUAACUCGAGGACUGAAGGAGAGCUGUCCUCGCUGAAGGUCAGCCGAGUACCCGUGGUCACUGCCGGCGGCUCUUCAGUGUUCCUCCCCCUCAGCAGAGAAGAUCAGGCAGGGCAGAUGAACCCACACCUACCUGUCAUCAUCCUGGAGCCAUCUGGACUGGUCCGCACUCCGCUACUCACCGUUCAAGGCCUAGACUCCGUUCCGCUUCAGUUUGCGCAGCCGUUGGACCACCUGUCUGCUGGAGGUGCUCAAUCACACAAGCCCCUGAGCAGAGCACGCUCAGAACCCCUUCCUCAGAGUCCCCACGCGCUUCACACACAUCUCCUACAACAACAGCACAACACACAACUACUGGAGAGGCUCAAACAGCAGACACACCUGGGCAAGCUGAUGUCCAAGUCCAGUGAGAAGCCCAGAUUGCAUCAGAUACCUUCUGAGGAUAUGGACUCAGAGGACGGUGGCGGGACGUCACCCACGGAGCCAGCCUAUCACAGCAGAGGGCGGUCAGAGUCGCUGAGGGAAGUGGAGCCAUCAGCAUCCAAGACACAAGAGGAGCAGAUGAACCUGCAGCAUGCCCUCAUACUUAAUCAGUCGUUGCUAUGGGAACAGCAGAAGCAGCUGCAGCAGCUCCACCGACAAAUGGAGACCCUGGCAGUACCUGUGUUGCGUGGAGGCGGCGGGGCCGUUGGUGGCUUGGGCGUCCAUCGCCCCGUGUUCCGUACGCAGUCUUCCCCAGCCUCCACCUCUCUCACUCUGCCAGAGAAAACCCUCAGUCUGCCUGCACAAGACACCAGCAGCAAGCCACGCUUCACCACUGGCCUCGUCUAUGACUCUCAAAUGCUGAAACACCAGUGUACCUGUGGAGAUAACAGCAGUCACCCAGAGCAUGCUGGGAGGAUACAGAGCAUCUGGUCCCGACUACAGGAGAGAGGCCUGAAGGGACAGUGCGAGAGUAUCCGCGGCCGUAAAGCCACUCUGGAGGAGCUGCAGUCCGUCCACACGGAGCGUCACGUGUUGCUAUAUGGCACCAACCCGCUCAACAGGCUCAAACUGGAUAACCGCAAACUGGCUGGGAUCCUGUCUCAAAGGAUGUUUGUGAUGUUACCAUGCGGCGGUGUAGGGGUUGAUAAUGACACCAUUUGGAAUGAGUCGCACACCUCCACGGCGUCACGUCUGGCAGCAGGAAGUGUCGUGGAGCUGGCGUUCAGAGUGGCCAAAGGAGAACUAAAGAAUGGCUUUGCUGUUGUCAGACCACCAGGGCAUCAUGCAGACCCCUCCAAUCCCAUGGGUUUCUGUUACUUCAAUUCGGUAGCUAUAGCUGCUAAACAGCUCCAACACAAGCUCAGCGUCAGCAAGAUCCUCAUUGUCGACUGGGACGUUCACCAUGGUAAUGGCACGGAGGAAGUAUUUUACAACGACCCCAGUGUUCUCUACAUCUCACUUCAUCGUUAUGACGACGGAAACUUCUUCCCCGGCAGUGGGUCUCCCGCUGAGGUUGGAUCUGGAGCUGGUGAGGGCUUUAAUGUGAAUGUGGCGUGGACAGGAGGACUGGACCCACCCAUGGGAGAUGCUGAAUACCUCGCUGCAUUCAGGUCUGUGGUGAUGCCGAUCGCUCAGGAGUUCUCUCCGGAUGUAGUUCUGGUGUCAGCCGGGUUUGACGCCGCCGAGGGAAACCCCGCUCCUCUAGGAGGCUACAAGGUCUCGGCCAAAUGUUUUGGUUUCCUGACCCGUCAGCUGAUGUCUCUAGCAGGAGGCCGUCUGGUUUUGGCCCUUGAGGGAGGUCACGACCUCACAGCAAUCUGUGACGCAUCUGAAGCCUGUGUCAGUUCACUCUUGGGCAUACAGGAACCGCUGCCGGAAGAUGUCCUCCUCCAGAAGCCCAACGCUAACGCAGUCCGCUCCCUACAAACUGUCAUACAGAUACAAAGUCAGUACUGGCAGAGUGUGAAGGCCUACAGUGGAUCAGUGGGUCUGUCAUACAUGGCUGCUCAGAGCAGAGACUGUGAGGAAACGGAUGCUGUCAAGGCUUUGGCCUCGCUCUCUGUUGGAGUUCUUUCAAGCAAGAGCCUCCCUGAUGAGCCAAUGGAACAUGACAGCGACUCCAUGUAGGAAAACCCAACCAAUCACCUCGCAGAACGUUCAGAAGCCUCAGAUCUCCCGUGUUGUCAUAUGAACAUGAAGGGGACACAUAUUUUCAAAGCCACUGAGCCCCGACCUUCUUCACACAUACGCAGGCCAACUGAGACACAAUGCUGAACCUCUACAGACCCGCCGUUUUGAGCACCUCAACCACUCAGCUGAAGCCAGCAGCUGAGUAACCUUCUGAAACCUCACCAAAGAGCAAUACAAGUUGAUUUCAAUAGUCUUCUCAUGUCUUCUUACUGACAUUGGACCGUGUGUGUGUGCGUAUUGUCAGGGCCACAGCCCUGUUACCACAAACCUUUGAGGAUCAGACCAAAAAUCAGAAGUGGACUUGAGCUCUGAUUCCUCUUUGAGCACCAGCAGCUGUUUUUGGUGCCUUACCUUUGCCUUAAUACCAACAUCAGAGGGAAACUUCAGAUCAUAAAUUCUUUCUGCCACAUUGCUUCUCAUAUCAGACUCGAACUGAGUGGGAUGAAAAACAAUGCAGAACAAAACUACUGUAUACCAUCAGGUAAAGGCGUAUAUGCUUGAUGGACACGAUGCAAACGUAGCACCAUGAAGAAGUGGCCCCAUCAUUAAGAAACAAGAUUUAAAAAAAAGAGAGACCUAGUUGCUGCGUCUGCUAUAAUGAUGUCAUUACCUACAAUUUAACCACUAGAAGAAGACGACAAAGCAAAGAAGAGGAAACAAAGACACAAAACAAAGAAAGAACGGGCAGUUCUUCAUUGUUUUAUUGCACUGUUCAUUCCAUAAUGUGAACCAUGAGAAAUUCCAAAGCUCUGGGAAAGAAAAAAACAAACUUCUCCUCUCUGUAGAUAAUUGAAAGGUUUUUUGAAGAUUUGGAUGAAAUGUUGUUUGCUAUCUUUUUCCCACUCUUCAUCUGAGAUGUCUUAAAUGUUCUCUGACUGACUGUGGACACGUCUGGGCUGAAAUACUGUAGAGUUUAAUUCAUCUGAAAGUAGGCAAUAUUUUCAAAGCAGAAUUAUUAUUUACUGCUGUUCAGUGUCUUACAUUCAUGUGCAUUUAAAAGCCCACACACACACACACACACACACACACACACACACACACACACACAGCAAUGACAAACUAUCGAUGUACCACUAGUAUUCAAUACUGUGUAUUAUUGUUUAUAUUUGAGACUAAAGGAGUGUUCAUUCCACCGUGGCACCACUGAGGACCACUGUAUUGUUCUAUUGUAGUAGCAAUACUGUUAAUGCACUUAAAGGACAUCACCCAAAGAAAAUUGCCUUAAAACAGCCUGCACUUGGUGAUGGGACUGUGUUGAAGCACUGCAAAGGACCAGUAUGGAUACUGCUCCCGCAGCGACUUGACUUUUGUAAAACAACGUUUAAACCUGUGGAUUUAGAUGAACAUCACAUAUGCAGUCUUUUUGUAAAUUGUUUGAUUUGGUUAAUGAGUACAGUGACUUGUUUUGUUUUUUUUUUUAUUUGUUGAAUAUUUAGGUCAUUAUCUAUAAUCCAUCACAGCCUAAUUAAGGAAAUGAAUGCUAUGUUGAAGUGAACUUCAUUGUGAGAAUCUUUUCAUUCAAACUGUUAUCAUGCAAUCAGCCUAGACAACGCUACAACACGUCAGUCCAUCAUCUAAGCUGAUGUUUGUAAUUUAAUUGACAUGUUGUCAAUCAUUUGACGUUUGUUUUUUUUGGGGGGGGGUUGGACCACCCUCUUAAAGAAGCAUAUAAAGGGCUCGGCAUUCCAAACAGUCAAAGUCCAAGACUGUAUUUCUUCGUUUUUCUUCUAGGUUAUUUUGUAGCAAAAUCUAGUUUGUUAAAGUAUUUUUUUUCCCAUCAUAUGAGGUUUGACCAGUUUCACAUUUUGAUGACCAGUACUAAUGUUUUUAGUUGAGCUUUUGAAGGUGAAGUGUAAAGUUCAGACCUCUGUUAACAGCGAAUAACUACUAGAAUUCUUAACUGAUCAGUGCAGUCACUCUUUAGCUUUGUCUAAAAGUUUUCUUUGGUUUUUUUUACAUCCAUGAUUUGAUUGAUUGAGCAGCACAAUUAGAUUUUUUGUAUUCCAUGAUUUUGAUGUUUAUAAAUAACAAAGAAUCAUUUUUUUAAAUCCGGGUAAAAUAAACUUUAAGCAUUUGUUUUAAUCAGACCCUGGGUACACUCUGCCCGACAGGAGGCCUCGGAGCUUUUACCUUAAACAAAAAUUACAGUGGACACCAAAAUGUAUUUUUUUUUCCUUUUUUAAAUUUUUUAUUAUCCCAAUGUUGCUGCAUUACACGUGUAUCUCAACAGGAAUUAUUGAGAAAAUGUUGCACGGAGGAUCGUUGUUCUCCGAUAAAUGCAGCUGGUAUGUCUUUCUUGUAGAGUACCAGAGUAUUCUCGACAGCAAAGUGGCAGCAUUGAAACGCGAUGCUGCGUCUUUCUUAAAAGAAAGUAAAGUAUGAAGUCAACGUUAUCUGACGUGUGUGUGUGUGUGAGAGAGAGAGAGUGUGUUGUUAUUGCAUGCACACUAGUACAUAAUGUGCAUGGAUUUGCAAGUGUUAAACUGCUUGUCUGUGAUUCUGUAAAUGACCUCUCUUGUAUUAUACUCGUGUUUUUGGUCUUAUGUAGAGGCCAGUAUUGCCUCAGCUCUUAAUUCCCUUUAUUACUUAUGUAAUUUGUACCUUCUUCUUAAAGAAAGACACUGUAAAUAGUAACUCAAAGACCAAAAUACACGUUGCACAUGUGCCUUGAUGCAUUCAGUAGUAUGUGUAUUGGUAACUCUUAACUAACUGGACGUACAGUAACUCUGUAUCUCUAAACAUGACAUUGAAAUCUUUAUUUCAUACUAUUCUUUAUUAUUUACUUAUGUUAUUUUCUUACAUUUCCUACCAUUUGUAUGUAUAGAAAGAUUAUCUAUUUUGUACUUUUGUCUUUUCCUCUUGAUUAAAAAAUAAUUUCCAGUAUAAGCCCUUGA